GUUGUGUUGACAGGCAGGCAGCUGAGAAAAAUACACCGUCGGUCGCUAUCGCAGAGCUGUGCGUAAAACUUUGACCAAGUGACCGUUUCUUUGCCAAUUCCUGUGUUACUGGAAUUACGAUGGGCCACGGUCACGGACAUGGACCCCCGUACAAGGUGCCAGAUGCAUCAAUCUACAAAGUGGCCGACGCUCCAGAACUGGUGGAGGUUGAGCGUGCUCUCGCACGUCGCGGUCUGAAGGAUCCAUGGCUACGGAAUGAAGUGUGGCGCUACAAUGUGAAGCAAUUUUCGACCCACCGUUCGCGACUCGUGACGUUCCUGUUCAAGGGAUUCCCGCUCGGAUUCGCUGCCUUCGUUGCCACGAUCGGUAUAGAGUACGCGCUGGGUGUAGAUUAUCACGGCGGCCACGGACACGGACACGGAGAUGAGAAGGGGCACGAAGGCGGUCAUCAUUAAUCAGUUGACGUCGGUCAAUUGCGGGUGAUGUUCUUUGUUGCUAUCGCGCAUUAGAUUUUAUUUCCAAAAUUCUGCACCAAGAAUAAACAAAUUCAUUUUGUAGCAGAGACAAACAAAACAGCG